AUGGGUGUUAAUCUUUACAUAGAGUUGAAGAAGAAAGAGCUUGGUUUCGUGAAUUAUCCCCUGUGCAUAUCAAGCUUUGAUAUAAAAAGAUGUGAGAUAAAAUCAUUCGACAGUACAUCUGGAGCAAUCGUUUGUGCUGAAUCAAAUGCGAAUGAGUCCCACAUUUUUGGUUUAGAAGAAUCUGGUAAUAUUGCAAAUUGUUAUAUAGCAGAAUUGGAGUUGAUGAACUACAUAGAUGAUACAAAUGGUGCGGAAGUGAAGGAGAAUCAAUUCUAUAAGGAUAAAGCAACUCUAGUUGAUGCAUGGCGAUCAAAAGAGCAUGCUUUGGAGAUGUUAAGGGGAAAACCUGCUGAUGGAUAUAGACAGCUGCCUAUAUACAUACAUAUUCUAAAAACCGUAUAUCCAAAUUCGUACAUAAGUAUGCACAAGUCAUCAACUGAUGAGUUCAUGUAUUUGUUCAUAGCGUUAAGGCCCUUGAUGAGGGGGUUUCAGUUUUGUCGACCAGUAGUUAUUGUUGACGGUGCACAUCUUGAUGGACCUUAUAAAGGGACGUUUGUAUCAGCUAGCACACUUGAUGGGGCAGAUAUUACUUUCUUAUACUGUUGCAUAUUGCCGUUGGCGUAUGGUAUUGUUGAUACGGAAAAUGAUGCAUCAUGGAUGUGGAUUUUUCAGAAUUUUAAGAAUGCAUUUGGUGAGAGGGACAAUAUGUGUGUUGUAUCAGAUAGGAACGAAAGCAUAAUCAAGAGUGUAAGCAUGGUAUUUCCCAAUGUUCCUCAUUUUGCAUGCAUAUGGCAUAUAUGGAAAAAUGUGUGUACUAAAUACAGAAGGAGCAAAGCUGUACUAAGUGACAUCUUCUAUUCAAUGGCCAAGGCAUACCGAAAAGAUGAAGUCGAUAAAUUAAUGGCCAAAGUUGAAAGAAUCGAUCAACGGGUGGCACAAUAUUUAAAAAAUGCAGGAUACGAAAAGUGGUCAAGGGUUCAUGCCACUGUCAACAGGGGUAGAAUGAUGACUUCUAACAUCGCAGAAUGUAUCAAUGGAUGUCUUGUUGAAGCACGAGAGCUGCCUAUAAUUGACUUUUUGGAGCAAACGAGAAUGUUAUUUGGUUCUUGGACCUGCAAAAAUAGGGAAAUAGCAUCUUAUACAAAACAUACUUUGGGAAGAAAAUUCGAAGAUAUCCUAGUUUCAAACACGAUCAAGUGUUCGCGAAUGAAGGUACACGAUACAUACUUUCUGAUACAUAUAUACUGA